AUGCUACAAAAAAAAAGGAAAAAAAGAUCAAAAUGGGUGAAGGAUUGGAAGCUAAAUCGAAAUUUUAGUGAUAUUCAACUACUUCGUGAACUUGAAGAGAAUAAUCCAGAUGAUUAUAGAAAUUACUUGCGGAUGGAUUCACAGGAUUUCAAGUUACUGCUUGAACUUAUUGGACCUAAAAUAGAGAAACAAAAUACAGUAAUGAGAAUGGCAAUAACAGCAGAAGAAAGGCUUAUCGCAACACUUAGAUUCCUUGCUACAGGCAGAUCAUACGAAGAUCUGAAAUUUAGUACGUGCAUAUCUGCACCUAGUUUAUCAUACAUAAUCCCAGAAACGUGCAAAGAGAUAUUUGAAGCUUUGAAAAAGGACUACAUGAAGUUUCCUACAUCUAAAGAAGAAUGGCAAGAUAUUUCAAUCGGAUUUCAAAACCGCUGGCAAUUUGUGAACUGUGGAGGUUCAAUAGAUGGUAAACAUAUUCGGAUUUUGCAACCACCUGGUACUGGGGCUCAAUUUUAUAAUUACAAAGGGUUCUAUAGCAUAGUUCUAAUGGCAGUGGUGAAUAGUAAUUACGAGUUUAUUUAUGUUGAUGUUGGGAAAAAUGGGAGAUUGUCAGAUGGAGGUGUUAUAGAAUGUACCGAGUUUUAUAAAAGUCUAAAAGAAGAGAAAUUACAAAUACCAAAUAAUGAUGACACCGUUAAUAAUUUAAAUUUUGUUUUUCUUGGAGACGAAGCUUUUGCUCUUCAUGAACACAUUUUAAAACCAUAUUCGCAGCGGGAGUUGACUCACGAGAAACGUGUUUUCAACUAUAGAUUAUCUCGAGCUCGAAAUUGCGUCGAAAACACAUUUGGACUGAUUUCAUCAAGAUUUAGAUUGCUACAGCGAGCUAUAAAUUUAAACCCUGAAAAAGCAUCAUAUGCUGUACUAGCGAUAUGUGCAAUUCAUAAUUUUUUAAGGAAACGUGGAGGUCCGUACGUCACAUCAACAAUGUUUGACAGACAAGAGGAUACGAAUAUACUUAAGAAUGGUGAAUGGAGGGAAAAUAUCAACAAUGAACUCCUUGGGUUACAGUGUACAAGACAAAAAAAUGUGUCUACUGAGGCGAAAGUAAAUAGAGAUAAUUAUAUGCAUUUUUUUAAUAACCAAGGUUCAGUAGAUUUCCAGGAAGACAUGGUAAAAGCUGGAAGAGCAUAA